GCGAACAUGGGACGAUACUGGGCAAACGGAGUUCUACUCUUAGGCGCCGUCCUAAUGAUUAAUGCCUGUAACUAUAAGUGUGUUUCUAAAGAUCAAUGUUUACAAGUGGCACCCGAUUUCGAUUAUCGUUCAGUCCCAUGCCAACGCAAUGAAAUCUGCUGUGCUUUUAUGCAGGAGAAUACUUUAAAGAAGAACUCGGAUGAACAAAAAACCUUUAGUCUAACCGUCAAUGAUGGUAUCCCGAUAAAUCAAAGGCCAAAUGGACCCGUGUCAGUUAAACCAAAUGGACCACAACCGGAGUUUCCGGCGGGAAUCGUCCAGCAGAAAAUACCGAAAACAUAUUUGACCCAAAGAAAACACCCCAUUGGAAAUAACAACCAGAACACCAAAUGGUAUGAAACACCAAACAACAACAACUAUGGUUCGCCCUGGGCAGGUGGAGUUUCGGGUGUAUCAUCAGUUCAACCUAAUGGACCUAAAGAACAUUUUCCUGGUGACAAGAAGUGUAAAAAAAUAAAGCCAGCAAACCACGUUGGAAAUUCAAAUGUUCCAGCAACCGAAGUUUUCGGCGGGAAUCGUCCAGCAGAAAAUACCGAAAACAUAUUUGACCCAGCAAGAAAACACCCCAUUGGAAAUAACAACCAGAACACCGAAUGGUAUGAAACACCAAACAACAACAACUAUGGUUCGCCCUGGGCAGGUGGAGUUUCGGGUGUAAAUCAGCCAAGUGAUAAUACCGGAAGCAACUUUGAUGGGGACAACGCCUGUAAACAUUUUUGUGUUGCUAAAGACCAAUGUUUAGAAAAGGCACCCCUAUUCAAUUAUCGCUCGAAUCAGUGUGGUUUCUCUAAAAUUUGCUGUGCACUAAUUAAGACACAAGAAAGUUUUUCGGGAGACAAUCGCUUAAGUCCAAAUGAUCAAAACAUCCAUGGAGGUAUUCCAUCAACCCGUAGGCCAAAUGGAUCUGGAAAAAUAAACCCAACUGGACACGGGGGAAACUUCGUGGACAAUCCAAAUCUUCCAGCAAUCGGAGUAUCUGGCGGAAAUCGUCCAGCUGAAAAUACCAAAAACAUAGACCCGGCCAGACACCCCAUUGGAAAUAACAACCAAAACACCAGAUGGGAUGAAACACCAAACAACAACUAUGGUGCGCCCUGGGCAGGUGGAGUUUCGGGUGAAAAUCGGCCAAGUGAGAAUACCGGAAGCGCCUGCAAAUAUUCUUGCGUAUCUAAAGACCAAUGUUUAGUAGAGGCACCUGUGUUCACUUUUCAGUCAAAGCAGUGUGUUUUCCCUAAAGUCUGUUGUGAAAGUCUAAAACAAAAAAGUGUUCAGGAAGGCCACCGUUUAAAUUCAAAUGAGACUUUAAGAAAGGAUCCAUCGAAACCUGUCUACAAUGGUAGUCAAACAUCGCCAAAUUAUCCCAAUGGAGAAGCCGACAAUACACAAUGCGGUAUGAGCAAUCCGAACGGCUUAGUACGUGUUCAAGGAAUUACCGAGGAUAACGCAAAGCCUGGUCAGUUCCCCUGGGCCGUGGCUAUAUUCCACAAAACUUCAUACUUGGCCGGCGGAUCCUUGAUCGCCCCUGGCGUUGUCCUGACUGUUGCUCACCGAAUGGUGGACAAGUUAACAACCAAUCUUUUCAUCAGAGCUGGCGACUGGGACUUGAAAAACGAAAGGGAGCCCUUUAACGCUGAACAGCGCGAUGUGGAAAGGAUCAUUAUCCAUGAAGAAUUUAACUUUACUUUAGGUGCCAACAACUUGGCCCUCCUCUUCCUAAAAACACCGAUAAAACUGUCAGAUCACAUCAGAACUAUCUGUUUGCCUAAGCCUCAAAAGUCUUUUGGUGGACGUCGAUGCAUGGUUGCCGGAUGGGGAAAGAUAAAGUUUCACGACCAAAGUUUUUCUAGCAUUCUGAAGAAAGUUGAGGUACCUAUGGUGGAUAGAAACUUGUGCCAACAACAGUUAAGGAAAACACGAUUGGGCUUUAACUAUAGCCUCCAUGAAAGUCUAAUUUGCGCUGGAGGAGAGAUGGGUCAGGAUGCCUGCACCGGCGAUGGCGGAUCUGCCUUGUUCUGCUCAAUCGGAGGGAACCAUUCUGGUUUGUACGAACUGGCUGGAGUUGUUAACUGGGGCGUGGAGUGUGGAAUGAAAGACGUACCGGCAACUUAUACAGAUGUCAGUAUGUUUACUUAUUGGAUUGAAGAGAAUAUGCUGCCGUUCAAUUACAGGAAUGGAAGUUCGGCAUUACUCUACUAACAAUCAUAAUAUUCCUUAUGUUAUUUGUCAAUAACAUUUUAAUGGCCAAACAGUUUUUGGUUUUCAAUAAUUUAUUUUUUGUUUAAUUCUAGUAAAUAUAUGAAUAAAUGCUAAAUUACUAAAUUACUCUUAAAAUAAAAAUAAAAAUGGAAUUUCUUACAUCUUGCAGUGAUGAACUAUAAAAAAAUGUAUAUAAAACUGAUAGCCGAUAUAAAGUAAAAAUAUAAGGU